ACUCUCCUCUCCUCAUUCUUCUUCUCUCCCUCUUUUUUUUUUUUUUUUCUUACUCCUCUCUCUUCCCCUUCUCCCUACAUUCCUCAGUGUCAUCUCUCGUCUGUUGUAUCUCGGACCCUUCAACCCGAUUUUCUCCUCUCUCCUUCUCAUCCUCGCCUGGACAUUCCUUUCGUCUUUCUCCAUCCCCCUUCUCACCAUGGGUCUCUUCAAGCGCAAGGACUCCAAAAACUCGAUCCAGAGUGAGAAGGACGAACAAGAAUCGUUCGCGUCCAUCAACAGUGCUCGCACAUCCAAUGCCUCGUUGCGAUCGCCCGGCUACAAAGGAAGUGGCAUGCCCGCAUCCAUCCCCGAGCUGUCGAUUGCCAAACCACCCGACCCAGCCCUAGACCCGGCAGCAUACCUUCGCAGCAUCCAUGCCGUCCGAGACCGAUCGAAGUACGUGCUGGUGAAGGCCAAGAGGAACAAACUCAAGCACUUCGACGUCGACAUGAGCAAAUUCCAGGCUACGGCAUCCUACAUCGUCUCCAUCAUCAAGCGCGACUAUGCUCCCGACUACGAAUCGAUCCCUCCGCAUGGCCGCUGGCAGCAUUUCGACGUGGGUGGCCGGCCCCGUGUCAAUCAGUUGCUGCAGUCCUGGCCCAGUACGAUCGACGCGCAAGAACGAACUCGCCGGCUGAUCGAUCUCUUCGUCGUUUCCGUCCUCCUGGAUGCCGGCGCCGGCACCAAAUGGUCCUACAAAUCCAAGGAGUCGAGCAAGGUCUACUCGCGUAGCGAGGGUCUUGCGGUGGCCACUCUCGAAAUGUUCAAAAGCGGGCUUUUCAGCAGCGACCCAACCGAGCCGUGCCAGGUAGACGGAGCCGGGCUGAAAAAGGUCACGGUGGAAGUAUUGGCAAAGGGAAUGCAACACUCGGAAAACAACCCGCUCGCCGGUCUGGAAGGCCGCGCCGGACUCCUCACUCGUCUGUCGGAAGCCCUGAAUAACCAGGACUUCUUCGGCGUGGACGCUCGUCCGGGAAAUCUCCUUGAUCAUCUUCUUUCUCACCCGUCAACAUUAGCUUCGUCUGUGCCCAUCGUCCCGAUCACCACGCUAUGGACCGUUCUGAUGGACGGUCUGACCCCGAUCUGGCCCUCUUCGCGAACCAAGAUCGACGGUCUGUCUAUUGGAGACGCUUGGCCUUGUUCGAGCCUACCGCCCUCGCCGCCCGCGCAGCCCUGGGAGAACAUCGUCCCAUUCCACAAGCUUACCCAGUGGCUGUGUUACUCGAUCAUGGUCCCCAUGUCUAGAUUGAUGAAGAUUCACUUCGCGGGUAGCGAUCUGCUGACUGGUCUUCCCGAGUACCGAAAUGGUGGUCUUCUCAUCGAUAUGGGGCUGCUGACUCUCCGAGAUGAGGAUCUCCAACGAGGAAUCGCUGCAUACAAGCAAAACGCGCAGAUCAAGGGUCAACCAAACAUGGAGGUGGUUCCCCUCUUCUCGACCGACGACGACGUAGUAGUGGAAUGGCGAGCGGUUACCGUGGGAUUUCUGGAUGACCUGCUAGAAGAAGUCAAUGGUCAGUUAGGACUUCUAGGGGAGAACCAAUUGACUCUUGCGCAGAUGCUCGAGGCCGGCUCAUGGAAGGGCGGCCGCGAGAUUGCCGAGGUCUCCAGACCCAACACGAAGGAACCCCCCAUCAUGAUCCGCUCCGACGGCACCGUAUUUUAAUUUCUGCAUACCCUGUUUGCUUUUCUUUUUUGGAUACCUGACUCCACCAGCAUUGCGUCGGUUUUAAGAGCUGGUGGUGGUCCUUUACGACCUCUUAAUGACCGGAUGUUUAUACGCCUCCUCCCUUUUGUUGCAUUCUCCUUUUCUGUCGACUGGUUCUAUGGAGAAGCUAUACAAACUUCAAUUCCUCCCAUUCAUGUAGAGCUAUUGUUAUGAGAUGAUGAUCUGUUCGUGUAUACUUUUUAUUAUAUUUUUGGGGGUUGUUUGGGGUGCGGCAUCGGGAUAAAAACCAAAAAGUAUUGAUGAAUGGGAGACUCUCCAGCGACUCCUGCCUCUUGACAUGGAUUACUCCUGAACUGUGGUUGUGUCCUGUAGAGUAUACCUAGGUAGGUAGUUGUUAU